AUGAGGCUAUCCAUUUCCGUCUUGUUCGCAACUCUUGGUCGUUUUAGUGCAGCAUUUGUCCCAGUUACUUCUGCUUCUAGGAAUUACUUCUUGCCGUCUCCUUUUGCUUUACAAAGACGGAGAUGUCAACAAACAAAUCGAAUUUCUCGAGGAGGUUCCUCUGAAUGGCGCCCGCAAUCAGAAUCGGCCAUUUCUCUUGAAGCUUCGCCAAUCAAAAGCGACUUUCGGUUGAUUGCCGCCGGUUCUUCUUCAAGAGACUUUGGAGGUUUGGCUGUGUCGGAGACAAAAGGGUUCCGUGUUAUCUUUGUUCUGGGAGGUCCUGGUGCAGGAAAAGGGACACAAAGUGAUCUAAUGUUGGCAGAAAAUCUCCCUCGCGUUGAUAAUCUUCAAGGCUGGACAAACUGCAUGCACGAAGUCGCCGAUGUGUUGGGAGUGAUAGUGUAUCAAUGCCCACUGUCGGUUCUAGAAAAGCGUAUUCUUCAACGGGCAAAGGAUUCUGGUCGGUCAGACGAUAAUCUGGAGAGUUUGAGGAAACGAUUCAGAACGUUUGAACAGGAUACAAUGCCGAUCAUUGAUACAUUGCGGCAAUUGCAAGGCGAUACAGUGAUGAAAGUUUGGGACAUUUCCGGCGAUCAAGCGCUAGAGGCAGUUUGGAAGGACACACGGAAGGCGAUGAAUGAAGUGGUAGUCAAUGAUGUGCUCGAUGCAAACAUCCGUCUGAUUAAGGCCAUCGCAGAAAAAGAUAGGGAAACGUACCAUGAACUGAGUGCGACGGAAAUGUUUGAAGACCAAUCCGUCGAACAGGUGAUGGAUGUUCACGAGGGAGGCGUUGAUUUUGCGAAUGCUAUUGUGAAGCAUUCAUAUUUUGAAUUCAUCACGGGUACAAAGGUAUCCGUGUCUUACACAAUGGAGUCGGAUUCCAUUUCGUUCAAGGAGACUCGAAUCUGGUCAUACGAUGCUUCUUCAGGGUGGACGAAUGUUCAUUUUUCGCGGUCUCCAGUUGUCUAG